AUGGGUCAUAAAGUCAGCCGCCAUAAAAGUUACGCUGUGUGCCGAGUCGAUGGACUUCCAGGUCAGUAUCGAGUCAUUCGACCAGACGAUUCUUAUAAAUCUCAACCGAAUCCAUAUGCAAGGAGCAAUGGAAACAGUGGAAAUUAUCCAAGUCGUGACCUUGGGGUUACCGCAGACCGGAAAUACGUCACAGCCAUAAAUGAUAUAGGGAGCAAGGGCAUCCGGUCGCAUCAAGCAGAACCAAAACAAAGUAAUGUCAUUUCCGGUAAAAGCAAACCUAAACCAAAACCUAGAAAGAAAAAAGAUAUAAAUUCCAAUGAGAAAACAAACGGAAACUUACCAAAACAGACUGCACCGAUCCCAACAAAACGAAAAGAUUCACCGAAAAGUAAUGCAGUUGUUCGGAAAUCAAAUGGCUUUGCAAUUCACGAGGACACCAUAUUUCAUCAGGAUAAUACACGAAAUGGAUUUAUUGCUCGAAGCAAUGAAACUUCAAUUCAAGAACGACCACAAAGAGUGCUACCACGUGCAAAUCCGUCAGAAUCCGACGAACGUAAACCAAAAAGUACCUCGCAUGCAAAUCCAAAGUCAGUGCAUGAACGCAAACAGAAAAAUAGCCAGCGUGCUAACUUUACGGAAAGUGAAACAAGACGUGAAAUAAAAAGUUCUCUUGACUAUGAACACGAACCUCUAUCGGCUACAUAUACUAUUGAUACAAAAGUAGUCGAAGAUGAACUGAUUCCAGUUUCAAAUGUUGACUCUGCGGAAAUUAACACAAAGCAGGCAAUGUCUUACCUCGAAAGUGACACAUCACAUGCUAAAUUUGAUAGUGAUUCAACUGUACAUAAAACCGGAAAUGACGUGGAAAUUAGUACGUCACAAGUGAAUGACGACACGCCAGCUUAUACUAAAAUUAGUCCACCGGAGGAAAGUGUCGUCAAAGACAGCAGCCGAAGUAAUCACACUCUUGUCAGUGUUGUGGUACACCAACCGUUCAUAAAACCGGAGCCAAGUGACAUACCGGAAGUGGUUUUGAACGAUGAUCAAAAGUGUUUAUCAGACAAGGUAGAAAUUGAACAUCAAGAUCAGGUCAUGUUGGAUGACGAACCAGUCGACGUGGCUAUGUUUGAGCGCCCGAACAGCGCUAGAAGUUCUCAAAUUAAGAAAUCUGUAGCGUUUUCUGAUGAAUGUGUAGAUAUUGAACACGAUCUGAGCCAAAGUUAUUCCAGAAAUGGUUUUCAUGAGAAAAUGGACACUGUGUACGGUGUUAAAGAUGACGGCGAUAAAUGGGUAACUUUAGAUGGCAGGAACGCAACAGACUUUGCCCUUGUACAGCGUCAAAAAGUCCCGGGACAAAGUAUAUUAAAGAAAUCAAAAUGUCAUCCCAAUCAAGCUACAACUUUAGACUUUAGAGAUUCUUGUGACAGUUUAGACUUUAAAACAAAAUUAAAGAAAGAAAAAUCUGAAUUUGACUGGGAUCAUAUUGAAGACCCUUCUAAUCCCUAUCCCCAUGGCAUGGUGCCCGUGCCAGCACCCAGGGGUCGAAUGAAAGGUUAUCAUCGACCUCAAAACGCAGAGAUGACCAAGAUAAAAGCCUCCAAUGGUACGCUCGCGGAUUAUAUCAAACAAAAGUCCGCUAACUCACAUCAAGCAACGAAAACUUCGACUUCGAACGGUUUGAAUCAUAACAUGACCAUUCAAAAUGGUGGCCCAAGGCCGCAUUCGUCACGCGCUCACGGAGGUGACAUGUCUCCAAGAUAUGUGACAAGUCCGAGAUCUACCUCAGCUGAUCCAAGAAGCCGAGCGAUGUCUCCUACCCGUGUUGAUUCAAGAGGGCGAGUUGUGCUUCAAGAUGGACAUGCGCGUAAGAGAGUGAAUGGCUAUAUAGCUGACCCAGCCGUGCAUUAUGUCCAGAGCUCGCGAGGCAAAGAAGUGACAGCGUUAGAUUCCAGAUCUAAAACUAGACAGGUGAUUCCUCCGCAAAAACAAAAUGUGAAACUUGUAGUAAGUUCAGGGAAACAAAAAUCAUCCAAGAAAUCACAGCAUACAGUUAUUAUAGAGCAGCCUAAACAACAUCGUAACAUGGUUCGACAGCAAUGGAUGGUGGGUAACUUGUGA